AUGCCCCGUGUGGCUGUAGUAUUUGCUCGCCUUAUGGUAGAUGAGGAGGACCGCGGUGUGAAGCCAUUUCUAGUGUUGUUGAGCGACGCAAUGGGUAUGCGACCUGGCGUCACAUCCCUUAUGCUUCCUACAAGGCCGGGCACAAAGCCAUUGGAUCAUUCUUUGACCUCUUUCAAUCACGUUUCCCUACCUUCGACCGCACUGCUCGGCUCUAGCUCUAAGCCAGAGAAUGGCCGCAUCGAGUUCCUGCGUCAUAUCCGGCGCGUGCCUGUGGGAACAGUGUCCUUUUCUAUUCUGGGUAUCUCGGCUAUCAAAGUCGGGACACGCAUCGCAGCUGUCUACAGCGAGAGGAGGACUAUAGCAUCGGUCGACGGCGACAUGUGCCCAGAUCUGACUGACCCUACACAGCAUGCACUGGCUACCAUUUUCAAGGCGACGGUGGUCAAGGCCUCUCAAGUCUUAAGGCCACUCGCCGAGAGGUGUGGAUGGCAAGGCUUCUUUGCGUUCAACCAGAUAAGCGAGCUGGACCUUACAUUCCAAGGGAACACCGUCUCCGAAGGCGAUACGUUGGUUCUAUGCAUCCGCUUCAUGCCAGAAGUAUUGGCGGGGAGUUUGGUCCUUCCACAGGCAAUGAAUAGAUCAUCUCGCUUAGCACAACGCGAAGAAGAUCUAAUUAGAGACAUGAAAUCGCGACUUGAAAGAGUCGGAGGCUACGACAAUCAUCGCGGUCCUGCCUUCGAUCGCUACAUUCUGCCUCGGUGCAGAUUACUAGCAGAGGCCAUUGGGAAUCGUAUGGCUUACGAGGCGGCUGAGAAGUCGGGCAUCUCUUCGGGGUGCUCACGCUAUCCCCUACCCGCACUUGAGCCCUUGGUCCAGGCACGGGCGCCAUCUCGGUCUUGCAGCUCAUAUAGCGCUGUCCUCGCCCAGAUCAGAUCAGAGUCUGUUACUCCAUCUGAGGUAGACGAUUACAUAACAGCCCCUAUCACCUCCGAUAAGUCUUGGGAAUCAUUCAUGAAGGGUCUUCAGAUGCUUAAGAGCCCGCUAGACGUGCUGACCUCUCUUUCGAAACUAUAG